UCCCCAGGUUCUCCGUCCAUGCAGAGAAGUGGGACAGUCGUGAAGAUGACGGCCAUGCUGCUGAGCCUUAUGCUGGCUCUGCUCGGUGUGUUCCAGGCCCGGGCUGAGGUCCCCGUGCAGCCAGACUUCGAUGCUGCCAAGUUCUCAGGGAUGUGGCACAUCAUGGUAGCGGUGUCGAACUGCCCAAUCUUCCAGAGCAUGAAGGACUUGAUGAAGACAUCUGCAGCCAUGAUUACCGUCACACCAGAGGACAAUCUGCAUUUCAAAAUUGGCUACCCCUUCCCAGACGGAUGUAAAAAAAUUGAGCUGGUCUUUGAGAAGACUGGGCAGCUGGGUCACUACACCAAUUCGCAGAUGGGCAAGAAUGACCUGCGCGUGAUGGAGACGGACUACACUCACUAUGCCAUCGUGUACACCUUCAAGGACAGUGACGGGAAGAGCAGCACCACCCUGCAGCUCUACAGUAGAGUCCAGGAGGUGGACUCUGAGGUCAUGAAGAGAUUCAAGGAGCUCUACCCACCCAUGGGCCUCACCGAUAACAUGCUGGUCGUCCUCCCAAAGUCAGAUGAAUGUGCCAAGGCCCUCAGCGGUUAAAGAGGACCCAUCAGCUGCAGCUCCUCCAGCUCCGACUGAUGGCAGAAGCAUCAAUGUUCCAGAAAUCCAGGCUACUACUUUGUCCCUCACCCUUCUCUCUUCCUCUGCGGCGAUUUGCUCUGUCUUGCUGCACUUGCAGUCUGGGCUCUGCAGGACUUGCUGCUUCACGAGGGGAUUUCUCCUCUCCCUGCUAAAUAAAGAUUCAGAAGCUG